AUGAACGACCCCCUCUACUAUGCCAACGAGGCCCUCACUGGCGAGACCGUCCCCGCCCUCAAAACGUGUGUAGGGCGCCUCGUCGUCAAUGUGCGGGGCCGGCGCUACAUGUUUGCCAACAUUGACAACUGCGGUAUGUUUAUCCCGUUCGACGCCGCCAGUGCCAGUGGCCGGGUCCGGUUCUUCGGGACACGGAACCCGCGGAACAUGGCCCUGCAGCACAUGGUCGCCGGCCAGCUUGAGCAUAUUGUCAUUGCACCCGAAGACCAGAAGUUCCGCUUUGCACCGACCGCGCCCACCGACUUUUCCAAUGUCUUUGCGGUCACCCCGCUCACCUAUGGCCAGAACAUUGUCAACAUGACCAUCCGCAAAGGCACCCACUACCUCGGGCACGGCAUCCCCGACGACAACGGCUACAUGCAGGCCACCCUUACCCCAGACAGGGUCAGAAUGGAGAUUUUCCUCCUUGUCGAGAGUAUCGGCGCUAUGCGCGACACGGGUGUCUACUACAACAAGAACUACACGGGCGUUGUCGCCAACACGAGCGCCGACUGCAUCGCCGAGAGGAACAAGUGGAUCGCCACCCUGCCGCCCCCCAGCAUCCACCACGCACAGGUCAAGCUUAUCCUCGCCACCCCGUACGGCGAGAAGAUGUGUCUCACCACCCGGGCGUUCGGCGGCGACAGCACCGCCGCCGCCGCCACCGCCGCCGCCGCCGAUGUCGGCCGCCUGCACGCAGAGCCGCUCUACUACACAAUGGACGAGCAGUCCACUUUCCUGCUCGAAUACGUGAAGAACAACGAGUUCCGGGUGAGGGGACAGGGCGCCCAGGCCGGCAAGUACCUGGCCAGGGUCGGCGACAGCUACGACCUGGUGGGCGACAUUGGCCUGGAGCGGACAUCGCUCCUGCAUCUGCGCAUGCUCCACGGCGCCCAGAGCCAGGUCAUGCUCGACAUUACCCACGAGGGCCAGCCGCUCGUCCUGGUCAGAGACGGUCUGGCCGGCUACCUCCUGCAGCAGUCGCCCGCCGGAAUCGAUGCUAAUACUGAGUCCCAGGCCAUGCUAGUCUACGAGGGCCCGAACCUCCCCGAGUCCCCCUACAGCAAGCGCUGCUUCUCCGAGCUCGACACGCUCAUCCAGGUGGCCAAGGUCGAGCGCCGCAAAGAGCUCGCCAAGCCCCUGUUUGCCACGCGGUACAUUAUCUACAUGAUUAUAGUGGUCCUGAUCCUGAUCCUGGGCCGCAACAUGCUGUUCAAGCCCAGCACGCCCAAAAAGACCUAG